GCAUUAAUGAAAUGUAGGCUGUGAGGGUGGUUGAGGAAGAAUCCCCUAAAUAUAUGUAUGCAUUUUAGCUACAUCAUUUCCAUGUAAACUGUACUAAUUAACAAAGGAUAUUCAAACCAAUUCUGUUUAUUCUAGACUGUUUGUAUCGUUUGUAUUUUUGGUGGUAACGGCUGCCCAUAUGUUCGCGUUUAACAGCUCGCUUCGCUCGCCGGAUUAUCUUUUUCCGCCCUCGUUCGCAGGCUAGUUCACUUACCGUGCAUUCAGCCGUUGGAAAGGGUACCGUAAGGAACGUUUUCGCGUGAGAGGUCACAUAUUUGCAGAUGCAUUUUGGGGUUGAAUCGGCAAAGUUCUUCUUUUAAUUAAUGACGCUUUUAGGGUCGAGAAAGUAAAAUUGGCGAUGUACUUACUUCUUUUUACCUGACGCGUGAUUGGUGAAAAAAUUCUCCGUGGUGCGUGAUUUAAAAGAAAAAUGCAGCGGGAUGCGUGAUUGGUAUGGUCUGCAGUCUGAAUCUUACCCCCAGUUUUAAAACGAGCAGCACUGGGGACGAGAAUGGUGCUGUUGCUCAGUUGCGCAGGGUGAGGGUCCAAACAAUAUGGCGUCUGUAAACAGCUCGUUGUACAGGUCUGUUACGAUCUAUUCGAAUGGAGAUGGGAGCCACCAUAACCAAAAUUGCUGUAUAAUACAUACUGUUAAGCUAUCAUCCUCUUGACUGAUGGGAAGCGGUAGCUCAAAAAGGACUGUGCAGACAGUGGCAGUCAGUGGAAGAUCCAACGAUAAUCACGCAACGAUUAAGAACGCGACUUCCAUGACAGAAAGUAAAGAGGCACACAGAGAAAAAUCUUCAAAAAAUUCUGAAUCUCGAAACGGAGGCUUGACGGAUAAAUCUCUGUUGAAUAACUCCAAUGUAAAUAAAGUUGAAACGGUGGCUUUGCCUGCUUCUCAAAAGGAGGAAGACACGGCGCAAGAUGUUGAUAUCGAAUCAACUUUGUUACUAACUUCGUUCACCGAAAAACGUCCGGAAAUCGAACCCCGACUGAAAGCCACCAUGAAACAUUAUCACGCUUUGAAAGACGCAUUGGAGAGUGAUAAUCUGAUGACAUCGAUGAUACUUGAGCAUGCUAAAGCCCUGAUUGAUGUGUAUUCAAAAUGCAAAAAGCGCUCUAAUAAGACUAUUCUGACAGAUUUUGCGGUGGCUUUGGGAAUUUCGAAGCUCGUUUACGACAUAAUCGUUGAUCGUAGGACUAAUUACCCCGAGGUUACAACAUGGGAUAGAAAACCCCGCAAGGAACAGGAAAAAGAACAAGACAAUCAGGAGGAAGAGAGUGAAGAUACACCAGAGGGUGAUGAGAACCAGAACCAAGAAAUGAAUAUACAGGAUAGGCCAUCCUGUGAGGGAGGACAGGUACAGGAAAGAAUUCAGCAGGAAGGGAAUGAUGACAACCCUGUGAGUCCUGAGAAUCAGGUACACACAAGCUUAUAUUACACCAUGAAUGAUGAUGGGUAAUUUUCUGGUACCUACAUUUACCAUCUCCA